CCGCGAUAAGCUGUUUUCCCCUAAACAAGCUCGGUGGGAUUAUCGCAGUUAGCAAUGGCUUCCGCAGAGUCGAAUCCGCAGACUGCAGGUGUUGCUGAUGGCCUAGCGCCUUCGCACACCUAUAUCCCUAACCAAGGAUAUGUGAAUCCUGAUGGCACUACCCCUGCCGUGGCGGGGCAAGACCCGGAAGCGCAAGAAGGCGAGGAAGACGAUGAGGAAUACUACGAUGACAUUUUCGAGGAGGAGAUGGAUCAAGAGGACUUUACAUCAGCGAAUCCCGCUGAUUUGACCAAAGCCUACAACCGCCAACGUAAAGUGAACGAACUUGCAGCAGACCCUAAUGCCCCGAAAUGGACAUACCCCAAGACCAAUACACAAAAGCCAACUAUGAACACCUAUGCAUCUGUCGACGAUGAGGUCAAAUCUUUGACUCGUCAUGCUGGCAAGAUCAAGCUUGACGACAUGCAGUCAGGAAUGGCUACUCGUGGUGAACGUGGUGGCGACAGGGCCGACAGAGCAACGUCAGAGCAAGUGCUUGAUCCACGCACACGAAUGAUUCUUUUGCAGAUGAUCAACCGAAACAUCGUUUCAGAAAUCCAUGGCUGUCUAUCAACAGGUAAAGAAGCCAAUGUUUACCACUCUAUCUCAUUCCCCGAAGACGAUGAGGACGGCUCCGCGCAACACCGUGCCAUCAAGGUCUACAAGACCAGCAUUCUCGUAUUCAAGGACAGAGACAAGUACGUGACAGGAGAGUUUAGAUUCCGACAGGGAUACAGCAAGAGCAACAACCGCGCAAUGGUGAAACUCUGGGCAGAAAAAGAAAUGCGGAAUUUGCGGAGAAUUUAUUCUUCUGGUAUUCCCUGUCCAGAGCCUAUCCACCUGCGACUUCACGUCCUUGUUAUGGGCUUCGUUGGAAGUUCCAAGGGCAUUGGUGCUCCUCGACUCAAGGAUGUUGAGUUCGAUGUUCCUGAACCGGAGAUGAAGUGGCGCUCAAUCUAUAUUGAGCUUCUCGGCUACAUGCGUGUAAUGUACCAGACAUGCCGAUUAGUGCACGCUGAUUUGAGUGAAUAUAACAUGCUCUACCACAAGGAUCAGCUUUACAUUAUUGAUGUCAGUCAGAGUGUGGAGCAUGACCAUCCUCGAAGCUUGGAGUUCUUGCGUAUGGACAUCAAGAACGUCAGCGACUUUUUCCGUCGGAAGGACGUAGAUGUCCUGCCCGAACAGACUAUUUUCCAGUUCAUUAUCGGCCACGCAGGCCCAACUACCAUUGCACCAUCAAAUGAAGAAAUGAUCGAUUUCAUUGAGAAGCUCCUCGAAAACCGGACGGACGAUGAGCAGCAGGAUGCUGCGGCACGCGAGGUUGAUACUGCUGUCUACCGUCAGCAAUAUAUCCCGCAAACACUGGAACAAGUUUACGACUUUGAGCGCGACGCUGAGAAGGUUCGUGCGGGAGAAGGAGCUGAUCUUGUUUACCAUGAUCUCCUCGCAGGCGAGAAAUCGGCUGCCAAGAAUGACGAAGAAGACAACGAAUCAGACGCCAGUGGUGGUGUGUCUGUCUCUGGAUCCGAGUCCGGAGAGGAAGACGGAGAGCCCAGGGACCCAUUUGAGAAGAAGCAACCGCGUGGUAAACGCUUUGAGGACAAAGACUCCAAGCGUGAUCACAAGGCAAAGGUCAAGGAGGAGAAGCGUGAGCAACGUGCCAACAAGAUGCCUAAGCAUCUUAAGAAACGUCUCAUCUCUUCUUCAUCCAAGAAGCGAAAGUAGUCGCAACCUAAAAAAGUUUUAUAUCAUUAGAUUUUGGGGCAUUACUGGCAUGGGAUUUUGAAAAUAAUGAGCAUGGUAUCAUGGGAAUUUAUGAUCGGUUUUCUUUUUUGAUUCUUAUUUGAUAGAUAGAUAUUUGCAUGAAGUCAUGGAUAUAUGCAUAUAACAGUGAAGUUACGUCUUUCAAUUUAUUCUUUUUUUUUAAGCUUGUGAUGACUCACUGUGAAAAAAUAUGAAAAAAUAUAUUCUUGUGGCAUCAUGCGGGGAAUAAAAAGGCAACACAGUAUAAAAGCAGGUUCAUGUAUUCAACUCGUUUUCUAUCUUUAUCCUAAAAAAGGGGGGAAAGGCCAUUAAUCAAACCCAUCAGAGCUCUCUUUGAACAUCAUGUAGUCCAUCACUAUCACCAGACAGCUUCCAUGUAGCAUAUCAUCUCCAGCGCUUACAUCUUGUCCCCAAUGGGGCAUCAG